AUGGCGACGACUCACGAAAAGGUCGAGCCGUCAGGAGAGUCGUCGACUCCUCCCAGCAUCGAAACGACCAACAAGGAGGCCCUGGUGGAGACAUCAGAUCUCGGCGCCGUCGAGCGUCGUGGCUUUGACGCACAAGCGACAAAGGCCCUGAUUCGCAAGAUCGACUGGGUCCUCAUCCCAUUCCUUGCGCUGCUCUACCUCCUCAGCUUUCUCGACCGCACCAACAUUGGCAAUGCCCGCCUCGCCGACCUCGAAGUCUCGCUGGGAAUGGACCCAAAGAGUCUGCAGUACAACACUGCCCUCAGCGCCUUCUUCCCCUGGUAUGUCGCCGCCGAGAUUCCCUCCAACCUGGCCAUGAAGCGCUUUCGCCCUUCCGUCUGGAUCCCGAGCAUCAUGGUUGCUUGGGCAAUUGUUUGCAUCGCUAUGGGCCUUGUUCACAAUUAUGCGGGCUUACUUGCCGCGCGUAUGGCUCUUGGAUUCGCCGAGGGCGGUCUUUUCCCUGUUGUGGUGACUUACUUCCCAUUAGUUUGGUACAGGCGCCAUGAAUGUGGUCUGCGAAUGGCUAUUUUCUUUUCCGCAGCCACUGCCGCCGGCGCGUUUGGUGGUUUGCUUGCUCGUGGUAUCGUGGAGAUGAAGGGCGUCGCAGGACUUGGCGCCUGGCAAUGGAUUUUCAUCCUCGAGGGUAUCGCUACCUUUAUCAUUGCUGUCACGGCCUAUUUCGUCAUGCAGGACUAUCCUGAUACGGCUAAAUUUCUGACACCGACUGAGAAAGAUGAGGUCAUGCGCCGUCUGGAGGAGGAUCGCUCUGCGCUGGCCAAUGAGUUUGACAUGAAGUACUUCUGGGAUGCUCUCAAGGACUGGAAGAUUUGGGUGCACAUGUUUAUCACUAUUGGUGUUUACACUCCGCUGUACUCCUUUUCCUUGUUCCUACCGACGAUCAUCAAGAGUCUAGGGUUUACCAAUGACAAGACUUCGCAACUCAUGACCGUCCCUCCCUAUGUCGCUGCUUGUAUUUGCUGCAUCGGCGCCGGCUGGCUCGCCGACAAGCACGGACAGCGUGGCAUCUACAUGAUCUUUUUCAACUGUGUCGCCAUCUUUGGCUUCAUCCUCCUUAUUUGCUCAAGCAACAACCACCUCAAGUACGCCGGUACUUUCUUUGCCGCCAUGGGUAUUUACCCCAAUGUGCCACAGGGUGUAGCUUGGAAUGGCAACAACAUUGGCGGUUCGACCAAGCGUGGUGUCGGUAUCGCAAUGCACGUAGGUUUCGGCAAUCUCGGUGGCGCCAUCGCUGGUUUCCUGUACCGCUCCAAGGACGCGCCCAUGUUUUACCCUGGCCACGGCACGCUGAUCGCGACCGAGACCAUAUCGACCAUUUUGGCCAUCAUCAUGACCAUUUACCUGCGCCGAGAAAACGCCCGCCGGAAUCGCGAGUUCAAGCCGCCUUCCGAGUACACGUUUGAGGAGAUGACCCAGGAGCGUGAAAAGGGCGACAAUGCCACCUUUUUCCGCUACACCAUCUAG